UGCUGGGUAUGACCAAGUAUUUUGACCUAAAGAAGACGUAUCCCCGCGCUCUUGAAUUCUGUGACGAGCUUACUGUGCAGUUCCCAUGGUUCAAGCACUCGUUGAGUGAGAAGGCCUUGGUGUUGCUCAAAAUGGGCAACUGGGACCAAUGUAUGGACAGUGUGGAGCGAGCAUUAAGUGAGAAUUCUCGUGAUAUUGAGGCGCUGCGUAUCAUGGUUCUGCUGCUUUUGUCUCGUGACGGUCGGGCCCGUGAGGCUGCCGAGCAUCGAGACUCGGAGGUCCUGCAGUGUAGCUUGGGACUGAUAGAGCACGCCAUUCAACUGAACCCUGAGAGUGGAGCUUUCCGUGCCGAGCGUGGCUACCAGCGUGCAUUACUUGGAGACUUCGCAGAAGCCAUGGAGUCCUACAAAGAAGCCUUGAAGCUUGACGAAUCCAAUGAAAUGGCGCUGCACGGGAUGAUCUACUGUCAGAUCAAGCUUGGACAACUUGAAGACGCUUCUCAACAAAUGGAAUUCCUUAGUGUUAUUCAGGAAUCCCUGGGAGCCAGUGCCAGCUUUGCGUUCCUCCAAGCGUUACUCAGCUGGGAGAAAGACCGUGACAGACCCAGACAAGUCGAGCUGCUGCAACAAACCGUGCAGGUCCAUAUGGACAAGCUUAAGGAGGCUAUCGAGGGACCUGACGUCUCCACCCACGAUACGAUGAGUCUGCUUAACCCGAUUUUUCCUGUGAAAGUGGCCACAGAAUUCUUGCAAGGGGAUACGUCUAAGCAAGGCUCCGAUGACAGCUCAGAUGCGGUUGCCAAGGGCAUGAGCAUCCUCGAGAAGCUUGUUAACAAGUCCCCCGGUUUCCUUCGAGCCCAGUUCGUGCUCGCACAGGCUUACUUUGACGCCCAGCGGCUCAGAUCGCGAUAG